AUGCUCGUCGACAUCGAGUCGUCGUCCAGGUUCGAACUGAGAGACAUCAUUACUGACCUGGUCCUACAACCGGCCUUCACCUUGAGCCGACGCUUCACACAGUAUACCUUGGUCCGAUUGUCUUUGGUCAUCUUCCUACUCCCAGUCUACUUCUACUGCCAAAUCUUCUCGGCUCUUCCCACCAUUAUCCGAAACUCCGUCAGACUAUUCAGUGGUGUUGGGCGCCGCGGUCUCCGCAACGCAUCAGAGGUGUGCAGGCGCGAGGAAAGACACAUUGCUGAACAGCAGUGGCAUGACACGUAUCGGUUUCCGAAGACUGCCGCGAUCUCAGGCUCAGCUAGCGCCAAACGCUGGAAAGCCCCCAUGGUCUGUGUUUCUGUCUGCGGCCUAUCUGUUCGUGUUGUCCACACAAGGCCUAUGUCUUCCUUUCCCGACAGGAAGCAGAUACUUCUUCUCCACGGGAACCCGAGCUGGAGCUUCGUCUGGCGAGCCAUCAUCCAGCCUCUCACGGAGUCGGGCCACGAGGUCUUCACUGUCGACUGGCUUGGUCAUGGCGCUUCGGAUAAGCCUACAUCAGUCCGCGACAUCUCCUUCGAGUUGCACAUGCGGACACUUCUCAACGUCGUCGAAAAGCUCAAUCUCAAGGACUUCUACAUAGCAGCACAUGAUUGGGGUGGUUGUGUAGCGCUUUGUACCAUCCCACAUUUACCCGCGAGCCACAGAUGCGAGGGGUUGCUACUAAUGAAUUCAUUCCUCCCAGCUCGACCGAGCGACAUCACACUUAACUCUUACCUCCUAUAUCUACUCUGGUUUCUGAGCACCGGUAUCCUCGGCCCGCUCCUGCCAGAGUCAAUGGUCAUGCGCUUUAUGGCACCCAACAUCACUUCGACUGUCGUACAGGCAUACUGUUGGCCGUACGAAUCCACGCCCAUGAGCGCGAAGGCCAGCAUCAAUCGAUUCGCUCACAUCGUACCCGGCUUACCCGACUUCAUCCUGAACCUACGGUCAACCUCCGUUUGGCGGCUCAUCGAAGGAUUACUUGGGCCGGAGCGCUUCACCAAUAUUACGGCUCAGGCUAGGCUCGCCGAUCGAGACAGAAGUGUCAGGGAUUGGUGGUUCGGAGCUCACUCUUCGAGCCAUAGUCAUGCGGAAGUCAUUAGCCGCGAAAACGUCUCUUCUGAAAGCGAUCUGUUGACUGCCGUGAAUGACACCACAUUCUCACCGCCAACAGCAAUUCCACCGAAGAACGUUUUCGUCGUGUUCGGACCUGACGAUCCUUUGUUGACAGAUUGCAAGAGCAUCCUCGAGAAAAGUAUUAAAGUCAGUCCCUGCAUAAGCCCAGAUUUGGACUAUUCCAUACCAUCGAUCUCACGGGAGAAGCGCAAGAAAGAUAGUUACCAAGACGCAAAGACGGAGGGAGAUAGCGAGGCGAAAGAGAAGAUCCCACGGUCCAAACAACCCGCAGGGUUGGAGUUGCGACAGCCACCCCCGGAGCUAUCUAUCAAACACCAACAACAGCAGCCGGAGCAGACCGUCUCGCAACCCCAUCCUAGGCUGAGUAUUGUCGGAUCAGGGGCAGGUUCCGUGGUGCACAAUGGGUGGUUGAUGGUCGCCAAGGGCACGGCAGGACAUUAUCCUAUGGAGACCGAGGGCGUGGUAGAAGUGAUUGAGGGAGCAAUCCACGUCUUGAUUGAGAUCUGCACUCGUGGAUCUGCUACCGACUGA